UGCUAAUAAUUCCGCCAGUCGAUUCGCGAAUUUUGCCAGAAUUGCUUCGCUUUACGCAUAUACGCUCAGCUAAUUUUAUUUUAUCUUAUGGUUUUUUAUAAAUUUAAAUCAUCUUAAAUAUGUCUUCUCGUUAAAUUUUGUUAUUGCAAAUCUGUGUCUUAAGAGAGUCGAAGAACUACAAGCAAUAAAGCGAUCGCAGACAAUAUUUACAAAAUCUUCAGAAAAAGCAAUUUGGUUUUGUAAUGCCGAGGUCAAAAUGAGAAUUGACAAGAAGAGGAAUAAAUCAGAGUCACAACGAAACCGUCUCGGUGUCGAAGAGAAAAGGUCGCCACGAGAAAAGGUCGCCACAGAGGUCUCGAAUCAUUAUCAAUGAUCGCCAUCGAUGAGACGAAAAACAUCUUUUAUCUUUGCAAAGAGAAUACCGGAAUCCUUAUUUCGCGUACAGCGGAAUGCAAACGUCACGGUUCUACCUACGGCACUGACACACGGCAUCCAUAGACGCACAAACGGCGUGGGGUUCGGCUUUCCGCAGAUGCUGGAGUACUGGUGGAUGGCGAGCAACGAGACCGGGCGCAAUGGCAGCGGCGACGUGGCGAUCGAGGAGAUGCUGCAAGACCCGGGAUCGGUGAUUCUCUUCGUCGGCUACCCACGGUGGCUGCUGUACUUCGCCGCCGCCUGUUGCAUUCUCUUCAUGCUGAUCGGCAUUCCGGGAAAUUUCAUCACGGUGAUCGCGUUGUUUCGCACUAAAAAGUUGAAGAAGAAUGCUACUGCGAUCUUUAUCACGAAUCUCUCGAUAUCAGAUUUGAUGUUUUGCUGCUUUAAUCUACCGCUCGCAACUUCGACGUUCUGGCACACUUCCUGGCUAUACGGUCCACUUCUGUGUCGAUUGUUUCCGCUCUUGAGGUACGGCCUCGUUGCCGUCAGCCUCUUCAGCAUUCUCGCGAUCACGAUCAAUCGCUACGUCAUGAUCGGUCAUCCCGGCCUCUAUUCUACAUUAUAUAAAACAAAGUACUUAAUACCGAUGGUCCUGGCGACAUGGAUCAUUGCUUUCAGCGUGCUAAUCGUCACGUGGUUCGAGAGCUUCGGACGUUUCGGAUUGGAUCCCGCGAUCGGAUCCUGCUCGAUCCUGCCGGACGUGAACGGACGCAGCCCAAAAGAGUUCCUCUUUGUUCUUGCGUUUUUGGUACCGUGUCUCGCUAUUAUUGUUUGCUACGCCAGGAUUUUCUACAUCGUUCGCCGAACUGCCUCGAAGAGCAGAGGCAAAAUCCUCAACGUGGAACCCACAGAAACCAGUCAUGAUCAACAAUCUAUAUGCAGGAAUCAGGAGGAAGAGCUUUCCGUCCUCUACGCUGCUUCGCCGCAAGCAGAUUUUCUUUCUCCAAACGAAGAAACGGAUCUCGAGUUACCAUCAACAUCCGCCAAUGACGAUUCGUCAUGCUCUAAGGAGCCGAUUUACGAUCAACAAGAGACAAAUGGCUCGAAACUGUGUACAGAUGAUGUAACAAACACCAAACCUCGUCUUGAUCCAAACUCCAGUAGCGAUCCUCUUCAGGCCAGCCUAGUGAAGGACAUACCGUUCGCGGACGAAUCCGACUUUACGGAAAAUGUAUUUCUGAACAGGAACCAGUGCGAGCUGCAGCGAAAGUCGUCGCAGAACUCCUGCGGACGGCUGGAGAAGCUGACCGAUCGCGUUUUCAUUGUGGAGUCGUCGCUGCAGAAGACCGGUGGCGGCGAUCGGCCGGAAAUCUUAGUGAACUCGAGAUCGCAGUCGCCCAACCAAACCGCCGCGAGGAGGGCGUUUCGUCGGCAAUCGAAAUUUAAGAGCAUCGGUCGAAUGCGCUACGGCGAAUCGGCCGCACCUAGGAUGUCCGCCAAGGACCGGAAGCUACUGCAAAUGAUCCUCGUGAUAUUCUCGUCGUUUCUGGUUUGCUAUCUGCCGAUCACCGUCACCAAGCUCUUUCACGACGCGAUUCACUGGCGAGGCCUCAACAUAGCCGGCUAUAUACUUAUUUAUGUGACGACUUGCAUUAAUCCAGUCAUUUAUGUCGUGAUGAGUUCCGAGUACAGAAGCGCGUAUAAGUACGUGUUGCUGUGCAAGCAUGAGCAGGCAGUCAACAAGAGAAGACCGCCGGCUCUGUUAAUGCCCAGUUAAGCGCGUGAAUAAAGAAUAAAAAUCAAUAAUAAUAACAUGUAGUAAAAAAUUAUACGUUAAUCAAUUAUAAGUUGAUUAAUUAAUUUGUGUUUAAAAAACAUCAGAGAUCUCCUCUAAAAAAAUUCUCUGAUCAAUUUGGAAUCGAUUUAUUCUGAACAAAAAUAUCACGGCAAUUUCCGCGAUUAUAAGCGAUUAUAAAAGUAGAGCUUUGCGCAAUCAAAAUUAGAAACAAAUAAGAGAGAAAUAAUCUUCAGUUAAUUUUAAAUAGACUGUAUUUUAACAGAAUAUCAAUUUACAGUUUACUCAAAAAAUGUGUGAAUUAUUUAAUAAAAAUUAAAAAGGUGACAAAUAAAAAUCUUUGCCAUUUUCGCUAAAAAAAUCGA